AUGAAUUUGUACACCUUAGUUGAUUCAGCUUGGCUUGAAACAGCUCUAGCACAGAUUCAAAGGCGCACACCGUUAGCAAUUGUUCUCACAAAUGUUCCAUUAGUCAACAACACUAUUCGUUCAUCAAUUAACAAGAUAACAUUUUACAAAGCUCUCUUAUGUAAUAGACUAAUUACUAUUGAAGAGUACUUACAUCAUACAUACAAACUUCAAGAGUUUACUACUUUCUACAUUAAAUAUAAUAAUCGACUCUACGAGUGUUCAUCCAUUUUGAAACACAGAGAUGACACUCUCCUUACCGAUUAUUUGAUAUUACAAAGUUCAAACGACUCUCGUAUACAGGAAGAACCCUCAUCAGCCAGCACUCCUCUACAACGCCAGCUUUCAUCAGCCAGCACUACCAACUCUGUUCCACAGCAACAGCUCUCAACAGCCAACGCUCCUCUACAAAGCCCACUUUCUGCCAACACCCCGCCACAACGCCAGCUCUCUGCCAACGCUCCUCUUCAACGCCAGCUCUCUGCCAACUCUCUUCCACAGCAACAACUCUCUGCCAACACCUUGGCACAGCAACAACUCUCUGCCAAUACUCCUCUUCAACGCCAGCUCUCUGCCAAUACUCCUCUUCAACGCCAGCUCUCUGCCAACACUCUUCCACAGCAACAACUCUCUGCCAACACUCCUCUUCAACGCCAGCUCUCUGCCAACACCUCGGCACAGCAACAACUCUCUGCCAACACUCCCCCACAGCAACAGCUCUCUGCCAAUACUCAGCCUCAGCCUCACCCAUCUGUGUCUAUUCCCCUUAAGCGCGGGAGACCCAAAGUUAAUGUACCAAAAGAUCUUAAGGUAACUAUUAGAAACCUAAUUGAGCAGCAUGGCCAUCUUGGAAUAAUCUCCGCCUAUAACCAAAUAAAUAAAGAUAUCUAA